AGGUUUUGAUUCGAAGAUGUGAUUGCAAAAUGAUGAAGAACAAUUCAAUUGAAGACAAUCUAGGCGAGAACGAAGAUCCAAUUUAUCCCAUGAAGACCCGAAAACAACCUAUCCGAUCUAAAUGUUCAUUUUGUCUCGAUUCAAAGCGGAGUCGCAGCCGGGAGAAACCAACCGAGGAAGAACAAUCUCAGUGAGAGGAAGAUCACUUCUCCGUUGCAGUCAUGGGUCAAAUGCAUAGUAGAGGAAAUUUGGAAUGAUUUGGUUAGUCAUUGACUCUGAUUUUAUUGAUGUCAUUUUUGUGAUAUAUUAAGAAAUGGUUGUUGAUCGU